UCGCCGGCUUAAGGGUAGCUCGAAAGUCUGAACUAUGACUUUUGCAAAGGGCAUUGCCUAGCUAGCAGGCUUUUAGAAUAUGCGCGACCUAAUCAGCUUUUGCGCGGUACUUGGUGGUCUGCGCGAAAACUCUAAACAGAACUGUAUGAGCUGCCAGUGUCCCACUGCGCAAGAUAUUCUCCUGUUUGAGAUAAUAUAUAGAGAAUAGUACUUGUGAUACUAUUAAUUAAACGAGUGAUCAACAAGGGGAAUAUUGACGAAAUCUUGAAUGACAGGAAAUCGGUGUUUUGAUGGACCAGCUGAAAAAUCAAGUUACCACAGACAGUUUCGGAAGAACACUGCGAAGGCGAGUUACCGUUUUACAACGAACGAUCUCACAAGCGUAUAGAGAGCUCAAUGCUAAGAUGGGAUUUCUAAGCGAUUUUCGAUGGCUCUCAAGAUUUGGUCCUGUGUUUGGAGUACAUGGGAAAAACGUCCAAGUGCUACACGAACCGAGCCAGUUUUAUCAGAUGCUCAAUACAUUGACAUUGAAAGCGGAGAAACGAAUUACUUUGGCAGCUUUAUACCUCGGUACAGGUGACCUUGAAGCGAAAUUCGUUCAAAACCUACGCCUGGCUGUAGCAAAAAACCCUGGCAAGCUUCAACUAACAGUGCUUCUCGAUUAUACACGAGGUUCUAGGGGCGGUGAGUGCUCGUCACGCACGAUGCUGACACCAUUAAUUGAUGAAUUUGGCUCGCAACGUGUUCGAGUAUCGUUGUACCAUAGUCCGUUCCUACGAGGACUGGUUCGCUGGCUACCGCACAAAUGGAAUGAAGUAAUUGGUCUCCAACACAUCAAGGUGUAUAUAUUUGACGAUAAUGUCAUCUUAAGUGGGGCGAAUUUAAGUGAUCAGUAUUUUGAGCAGAGGCAAGACCGCUACGUGCUAUUCCAGAACGCACCCGAGCUGGCCAACUACUACUCAAGGCUGGUCGAUACAGUGGGCAAGUUCUCGUUCCAUCUAGAUUCUGCCAAUCGAGUUACGAUUGACGAUACCCGUCGAAUGCAUCCAUACCAAACCUCGCUUGAUAAAUUUAUCCGAAAUACGCAAAAAUUAUUAAAUGACUUCGUGCGACCAAACAAGCGGCCUGAAGAGGAGGUGACCUUUGACACCCAUGUGUACCCUCUCGUGCAGAUGGGCCAGUUAAAUUUUGGAAAUGAUCACAAGGUUACGUCCGAGGUACUGAAGUUGAGUCCCGAAGGAAGUCAGGUCCGUUUAGCGACCGGUUAUUUUAAUCUUGUGCCUGACUAUGAAGAUCUUAUAAUUCGAGGGAAGAGUUCAUUCGAUGUACUUACGGCCCAUCCCCGGGCUAACAGCUUCUAUAAGGUGCCCGGCUUCAUGUAUUAUAUACCGGUAUUAUAUACUCAGUUAUUGAAAUUGUUUUACUUGAAAACCGAAUUUGUUCGGGACCGUAUUCGGAUAUGGGAAUAUUACCGAGAAGGUUGGACUUUUCAUGGCAAAGGCAUGUGGUACUAUCCACCUGGUGAAAGCAAACCUGUAAUGACUCUAAUUGGAUCACCGAAUUUCGGAUAUCGGUCUAUCUACCGUGACCUCGAAUCUCAAGUUAUUAUAGUGACGGAGAAUGAAGACUUGCGAAAUCGACUAGAAAAUGAGCAGAAAACGAUUUACAAAACUGUGGUACUAACUGAUGAAAUGACCUUUAAAGAUCCCGAACGCUUUGUGCCAUUCUGGGUAGCCUAUGUCACAGCGUUUGUUAGAGGAUUUUUUUAGAAUCAAUUCAUACAUUAAUUGAGGGAGAUUCGUGGUACAUUCAGUGGGUGGCUCAUACAUUAAAAUUCUGCCUAUAAUUGAAAAAUUCAGAAUUAUCAUUACUAGGAAUGACGGAGCAUUGACAUUUGUUUUCCCGAACAGUGUGUAACUAAAUCAUGAACUCCAUUAAUUGCGGCUAAAUCUAUGCAUAUACAUAGAAGUCCAGAGUACGCAGAUGCAGAAGCGUCCAAACAGCGAGCAUAUUUUCAAGAACGAAAUGAGCUAAAGAUCAUUCGAAGACCCUAAUUUUAAGCCUACCUUUUGUCGCGAUCAAAGCUGAAGAACAAUCGCAACAAAGGUUAAGCUACCUGCCUACCUUUGUACAAGUUGAUGAAGUAGUUGUGAGUUGUCUCGUUAAUUGAGGGUACGACAAAUCAACAAAUGUCGACAAAAGUAAAUCACAAAGACGGCGUGAAGUGGCUGUGCGAAUGUUACUAUAACGAAAUAAAUAAUAUUUUGUUGCGAUUUUGCAUUA